GGGCAAACAAGUUACCAACGACAGAACCUCAUGAGGCAGGAGGCGCCAUGUCUCUAUCCGUUGCCUUCGAGCUUGUGCUGGCGAGGGUGGAGGACAUCAGUGACAGGAAUGCCUGCUCCCUGGUCUGCAGAGAUGCUAGCGUUGCAGAGCGCCAGACACGGCAGCAUCUGCGCCUCAGAUGCACCAAGCGACAUAUUGAGGUUUUGCCAAACUGCUUCACUGCCGUGAAGUUCCUGGACCUCUCUCAUGUCCUUCCAAAACAGGGAAACUUUGAUUUCUCAGCCCCGCAGCUCGCGCAUUUGGGGGAGUGCUUUCCGGAGGUUGGAAAGUCUUACGCUUUUCUGUGAUGGGGCCGAUGCUUGGGCAAAGACAGGAGAGCCGCCGUUCAUGGGCGUUUGGCCCAGGUUGAAAGAAAUAGCUGUCACACAUCCUGAGGGUGGGAAAUGGGAUCACCAUAUUAAGGACACUUCUGCUGCCCCCUUCUUGAGCAUCCGCCCCCGUUUUUGGAAGCCUCUGGUCCUCACCGGCAUUGGGGAGCCCCGGAGACUGCACUUGAAAGAGCUGUACCUCAAUAUUCUGUCGGAAGAAGAGCUGCAGCGGCUGGCUCAAAUGGAUCUCUCCGUGACCGAAACCCUCGGUUUCGGGUUUUCAAUCGAUAGCUCCGUUGCCUUACUCCGCGAGGUCUUGUCGCCGGCUAGAUUACCAGCUCUGCAGACCCUGGAGCUUUGGUUUGCAAACGAUGGGCCAGAGGAAGACGACGACGAAAAAAUCACAGUAGCGAGCCUCGGGGAUAUUCUCAGUGGCAUACCUCCAAUCAGAUCCUUCAGCUUUACUCUGAGUGAGGAGAGCUCGAUCUCAAGCAUUCCCUUGUGCUCAGCAUUGGCAGCAAGCCUCCGUCAUCUGGAGAUCGAUCUUGAAGAAGUAGACUGGAUGCAGCAGCCGGCGUUUGACUUUUCUCCGAUCCUCAACUGCCGGGGGCUAGAGAGUCUGAAUCUGUACCUGGGCGACGUGGACGUAAUCUCAAUAGAAGCGCAAGUUUUGUCCAUCGCAAGAGAGUGUUCACAGUUGACAAGCCUAGCACUCCGAUCGCGGCAAGAUGUUCGGCAAGCUAGAGUUUGGGGGGAGCCACAAACAGCUCACCAGAAUAGUCCUCAGCCGUUCCGAUGGGACGACGAUAUCCCUCAAGAAGCAAUCUAUGGCCAAAGUGAGGUUCAACAACUUGUCAAGUUGGCAGAGAGUAUAGGAAGCUUGGGUAGCAUAAGCAGCCUUUCGGUUGAGGGGGACUUUAAGGAAGACGUGUACCUAGACCCACAACUCACGAAGGCCCUUGCCAAAAUCUCUUCGUUGAGAGUCCUGAAGCUAGGCGCGGUGAGCGUGAAGAGGCUGCAUUUCGCCCCUCUUUUGGCUUGCCCAUCUCUGGUGGAGGUGGAUUUGAAGGCGGCUCUUGCCAACCCUCUUUUCGACUCUUAUGAGAAGCUGUACGGCCACGAGGUACCUUCUGCAGCUCUGCCAGAGCUCGAGACCGCGGCCUCCAUAGAGGCUGUUGAGAAUACAGGGCCGAGAGAAUCUGGAUCAGCCAUGGGCCAAGCUCAGAAUAAGCGAUACAGAUGUUCUGUCCAAUAGGGAGUCAGGUAAUUCGCCUGUCGUGGCAUGUUUUAUAUGUUUGGCCGUAGUGCACGUACAACCUACUAAAUCGGUGUACGUUGGGGUUUAUUAACGGUAUUGCAGGCGGAAUAAAGCAACAAAAGAGGCUGUGUAAGUACAUCCGUGAUUGAGUGUUUGCAGGUUCUAGGAGGCGAAAUUGGUUGUAGCGCAACUUGAGCUAGCCGCCCUUAAGGAGACGCCGCAUGGUC